UUUUGCAUUUUGAAUACCGAUUCUUUUAUUUUAAAGCUGACGCGUUCUUUAUUCUCUCUCUUUUAUUUCAUAUUUUUUUUUUUGAAUUAUUAUUAUGUCUACACCUAUGGAUAUUGAUCCUCCAACAGACAAUACUGUUGUUGAGGAAGUCAAGGGUAAAGGAAAAGAAGGCAACCCUCGUUUUGAAGUUAAGAAGUGGAAUGCAGUGGCUCUUUGGGCUUGGGAUAUUGUUGUAGACAAUUGUGCUAUCUGUAGAAACCAUAUCAUGGAUUUAUGUAUUGAAUGUCAAGCUAAUCAAGCAUCAGCUACUUCAGAAGAAUGUACAGUUGCAUGGGGUGUUUGUAAUCAUGCAUUUCACUUUCAUUGUAUAUCACGUUGGUUAAAGAGUCGUCAGGUAUGUCCUCUUGACAAUCGUGAAUGGGAUUGGCAGAAAUAUGGUCGAUAAAGAAACAAAAAAAAAAAAAAAAAAAAAAA